AGUGCCCUAUUUAAUUAGCGUCUGAAAAUGUUUCAUAGACACCUUACAUCUAUAUUUUGUAUAAUAGCUACAGAAUUUUGCGAAAGAUUUUCUUUCUGUGGACUGAGAACAAUUUUGUCUCUUUACCUGAGGAACGUGCUUUGUUUACACGAAAACGUUGCCACUGUAGUGUAUCAUAUAUUUAUCAUGAUGUGUUAUGCAAUGCCACUUGUGGGUGCUAUUUUGGCGGACAAUUUCAUAGGAAGGUACAAAGUCAUAUUAUAUUUCUCAAUCAUAUAUUUGGUCGGCACGGUGUUGACAUGCUGUUCUGCGAUACCUCCGCUCAUGUUGCCGCCUACAUCCACUUCGAUGCUGGGGCUGGCGCUGAUCGCUACAGGCACAGGUGGCAUUAAACCUUGUGUGGCGGCUUUUGGCGGAGACCAGUUCCGGUUACCGGAGGAGAACGAUCGACUGCAGAAGUUCUUCUCUAUUUUCUACUGCACGGUGAACCUGGGUGGAUUCAUGGGCAUGAUAGUUACGCCCGCUCUACGCCGGUGUGCCAUGUGCUUCGGAGAUGACACGUGCUACGCGCUUGGCUUUGGUUUUCCCGUUCUUCUCGUCUUUAUUUCCAUAGUGGUGUUCGUGGCCGGGAAACAGUGGUACAGAAUAAAGAAACCUCGCGAUAAUGUCACAAUAAAAUUCGUAUCGUGCGCAUGGUACGCAAUUAAGAAGCUGAUGUCCCGCGAUCACGGCGAGACGCGGCGUGUAGGUGAACACUGGCUCGACUAUUCCACCGCCAAGUACGGAGAGAAGCUGGUCUCUGACAUGAAACUCGUAUUCUCCAUCCUCUACAUGUAUCUGCCUGUUCCAAUAUUCUGGUCGCUUUUUGAUCAACAGGGUUCCAGGUGGACGUUUCAAGCUUCUCGUCUUCGCAGCGAGGUAUUUGGGAUAACUCUGAUGCCAGACCAGCUGCAAGUGAUGAAUCCGGCCAUGGUAUUGCUCAUGAUCCCGAUGUGCCCGGGUGGUGCAUGGCCUCUGCUGCCCGACCUGCCACCUUUGCAAAAAAUGUUCAUCGGAGGCAUGCUCGCCGCAUUGGCUUUUAUUUCUGCAGGAAUUUUACAGAUUGGUAUCGAGCGUUCAACUUUGCAAGUACCAAAGCACCAUCAAACCGGACUGGUGUUGUUGAACACACUCGGAUGCCCUGUGGACGUGACGGUAGGCGACGAGGCGGCAGCCCCCGUGGAUAACUAUGGCACUGCCCUCAUGAUGCCCUUCCCUCAUCGCCCUUACGUCAUCGCCGCGCAGUGCCCCGUCGUGUGCGCCGGGAGAAUUAUGAAGACGUCAGUCGUCAAGCAAGAACUUAAAACUGUUGGAGAAGUGUUUAUGCCAAUUAUAAUAGGACAGAAUUCAAAUGACCAAAUAGAAUUUUAUUUUAUGGACCCAAACACGUUUACGAAGUCAUUGACCGGGAAACCAAAAUUAAAGGUGGUGUACGUUGGUGAGACAGGGCCUGACAAGAACGUGUCUAUUACCGUAGAGACUGAUAAGAGACUGUCUGAUACUUAUUAUGUGUCCAACUCACCUGUGGAUUUUAUAGGCGAAUCGACUUUCAUGUCCCUCCAGCCUGGCAGAUUUAAGUGGCGUGUAGAUAGCGCUGACGGUGAGGUGAGCGGUUCGGGUGAAGGGUUAGUCCGCAUGGGGGGAGUGUACGUGUUGUGUGUGCGCGAGCGCUUGGGUCGGCUUGAUGCAGCUGUGCUGCACGCGCCCAACCCCCCCAACGAGCUCCAUCUGGCCUGGAUCGUGCCGCAGUAUCUGCUCAUCUCAAUUGCCGAGAUCAUGUUUGCUGUCUCCGGCUUAGAAUUUGCAUUCACACAGGCUCCGAAGAGUAUGAAAACCGUUACGAUUGCCGCGUGGUACGUGUCCGUUGCAUUUGGAAAUCUAAUUGUGAUCUUAGUUGCGCAAACCAAAAUAUUUGAAUCUAGAGCCACAGAAUAUUUUGUAUACUCAGCUAUGCUGACCGUGUCGAUGCUCAUUUUUCUCCGGAUGUCCUUAGGAUACCAUUCAAGAAAUAUGGAGGCAGAUGCAUCGUCGUCUGAAAGCCGUCCUUUGCUACAUCACCGCUCUAAGGUGAUAUCAGUUCACUCGCUGAAGACCGUUACCACGGCCGCGCUGACUGCAGAUAGUGCCGCCUCUUGUCUAGGUCUGAUGGAGCGGGCGCGAUCUUCGGCGUGGCCGGUCAGGGCCUGCGUCAACAUCGCUACGCCUAGCUCCGGAGAUUUGAGCCCUACUACCUUGGCUCGUGAUUAAAACACUGUACAAUCCGUCAAUAGCUGUGUCAUUCUACGCCUCCAACGAAAUUCGAGUACAGAGGCGAUCAAAACUGACUGGAACCAAAAGGUGGACAUAAAACUACACCAAUCCAAAUUAAGAUUAACAAUAAUGAUUGCUCUCAAUGUUAUGCGGUCGUUUAUAGGGAUUUACCCAAAUUAUUAUUUAACACCCGCUAAAAGAUAAUAUAAUAAUGUUGGUAUAGAAAGCAAGUGUAUCGAUAAGUUACUACAGAAUUUAUUUGUUCGUUGUGGACGUAAUACCUUAAGAUUUCUGAGAGCUUGUGUAUAAUUCUGUAUCUAUUAAUAAAAAUU